AUCUGUAUUCAUAAAGAUACGUUUGACAAAAAUUACCUAAGUGCAUUCAUUUAUGCAGCAGCAUAAACAAUUAUAUUAAAGUUGUCUGGAAAAGGCACAAUCAAAAUGUCCACCCUUUAACAACAUCUUACAGUCAUAAGUACCCACAAGUAUUGUAAAACUGGAAUCAUGAAGCUAAUUUUAAAGCUAAGAAUGACAAACAAAAAAUUGAUAUUAUUUAAAUUGCUUAUGAAAUACUACAUUUCAUCGAGUCUGGGGGCCCCUCGAGCAGUUUUCUGGACAGGGACUGGUGUAAACAGCUCUGGGCUGACUCUCAAAGGCGUGGGAGUGGCUAACAGCAGUGUUAGGUUUUAAAUCCACACGUGGUUCGGGUCUUGGGCUUGUUUGGAACAGCAGACGCUGCUGGAAACUUCUGACCAACUCAUGCCAGCGGAUUGCCCACGUCUAUCACCGCGGGGGCAGACGGGAUCGGACGAAAGUUUUUGAUAACUCAGCAAAAUGCCCUCGUACCCUAAACUCAACCAGUUUGCUGACCUGGAAGAGAUGAUGUGCAAGCAGUUACUCAAUCUUGGCCUGAGGGAGCCAAACAGACCACUGCCACCCAUCAGUCUGGCAAUGAGAACACCAGGUUACAUCGGUCAGCCACGUAGCAGCACAUCAUUUUCCCUCUCGUCUCUCUCCAACCUCCCCACUGAUCCUUCAGACAAUGUAUUUCUGACCUCCAGCCAGUGGGGGCAGCAGUCAGAAAGCCCACUGCCCUCCCAGCUUGUUAAUUCCUCCCAGUGGGGAAAGUCAGGCUUUCUUGCCCAGCGCUCAAUCAGCAUGGUAGAGACCAGCAGCACCACAGCGGCAAGUCUAGGCUGGCCCGGGACUGACGUAAAGUACUCCCAAUGUGACAUCAGUCCCACUGCACUGAACACUAGCUCCUCCUCAUCAACUUCAUCUGUUUCCACGUCCUCUUCCUCAUCCCGUUAUAAGACUGAACUGUGUCGAUCUUUCACUGAGAACGGGUUGUGCAAGUAUGGUGGGAAGUGCCAAUUUGCCCACGGGCCAGAGGAGUUGCGGGAUCUUAACAGGCAUCCGAAAUACAAAACUGAGCCGUGUCGCACAUUUCACACCAUCGGCUUCUGCCCCUACGGGAUCCGCUGCCACUUUGUCCACAACAACGAGGAAGAAAAAAAGUAUUCCUUCUCUCGUUCCUCCUCGUCCUCUUCCUCCUCCUCCAGCAUUCCCCAGCAGCUGCCUUGCUCCUCCCGCACUCACAAACCUCCUCUUGUCAGACAGAGCUUCAGCUUUGCUGGGUUUCCCUCUGCUCCUCAGCAAGGCCUUCAGCACGCCCUUACCGCCACCUCUUCUUUCACACCUGCUCCCUCUGCAUCUCCUCCUUCCUGCGCUGACAUCACUGACCUCCUUUCUCAUGCCUUCCUGGAGAUGGACUCUGCCUUUGAGGCCUCUCCGGCCCAUCAGUACCCACCCCCCGUGGGCCAGGCCACUGCAGCAGAUUCCCGGUCUCCGUUCUUGCCUUCUCCAGACUCCGGCUGCUCUCCAUGUGGGCUCUCGCCGACUGGCUCCCCUUCCUUGAGGCAGAGUCCCAGUGCCACUGGGGUCUUUUCGGGGCCACUGGGUGCCCGAUCCCUGUCCUACACUUCUCUGUCAGACCAGGACCAAGACGGAGGCAGCUCUGCUAGCUCGCUCAGCGGCUCAGAAUCCUGCAGUGGCAUUAGCGAAAGCAAUGGCAGGCGUCUGGCGGUAUUCAGUCAGCUCUCUGUUCCUGAGGAUGCUACUGGGUUCUGCCUUUAGGCUGCAGUGCUUGAACACAAACAUACAUAUUUACAUACAUCCAGACAGACAGGACCCUGAACAGACCCUGAAUGCUCGAGGAUCAGUAAUACAGCACACACACACACACAUCCACACUCAAGCACACACAAUGCUUUGACACACACAUGCACAUUCCCCUCUCACACACAGCCAUUGGACCAACACCUCAGACUUUCUUUGCACCUGUGUGGCGUCAAAGGAAACAAAGACUUUUGUGACUGACUCAAAACGCUGACAGAGAUUCGCCUGUUAGAUUUUCGUGGUUAAAAAAUGUGCGUAAGGGAAGCCACAGUGAUGCUAUUACUGAAAGGUGUGUUGCCAUCAGAGUACAUAUCAAGAUAGGAGUCUAAUUGUUCUGAAAGUGUUUGAUGCUUUAUCAAAAUAACAUGUUGAGAUGGCAGAUUGCGAGAAAGAUAUUGUAAUCACAGUGUGAUUGGCCUCAGUGCCGUCUGUUGUUAAGUCCAACCACUCUUUUCAUAUUUACAUUUUAUCAGCGUCGUCUGAGUGAUCUAAAGAAUGUGAUAAAGCCAAAGACAUCUGUUUGUAGCUCAAACUCUUAAGUUAUGGUAGGACAGACACACAGUGUGACUUGUGUUCAGGAGGUGUUGUCUUUCCAUUAACUGUAAUCAGUAUUGUUUUGAUAAGCUGGUGAUUAUUUUUUUUUUUUCCUCCUCGUAACUGUACAGUCUGAGGUUAUGUUUAGAUCACUGGCCUCAGACCUGAAUGUUAAGUUUUUAAACAGCUAAAGUGCCUGUAGUGUUAUUUAACAGGUCAUGUUAGUGUUGAACCAACAUUUGCUGGGUUGCAAGGAGAGAUGUGAGGAGCGGUCUGAGUCUGUUUUUUUUUUUUUUUUUUUUUAGUCACAUAAGCUAGUGUGAGUUCAGGUCUCUUUGUUGUUUACUACAAGUGUUGCUCUUCUCUUCUGUUGGCAAACUGCCACUGGUAAAAUGCCAAAUGACCAAAUUUAACCUGUCUUACAAGAGGAGGAAAGGGGAGCCAAGUGGUCUUGAUCAUACUUCAAAUCCUGUGUUCAUGAUAUAUCAUUAUCUGUAUGACUUGCCAAUAGGGUAAACAGGAUAUGGGAAUUUUAUGGGCUAGUCUACACUGAAAGUCAAAGGUGGACAAAAGCCUAAAUGAGAUGCCAUCACAUUAUUUUGCAUCUAAAUUAUAUGGAAGCUGAUACGAUGUGAGCAUAGCUUGGGUUUCAAGGUGCUAAGUUCAAGUUAAAUGACUUCACAAAAGUCCUGUUUUUACCUCUGGCAUAUUUCUCUAAAAAACAUUUGUGAUGCUAAUGUGUAUUCUAGCUAAUCUUAAACACAAACAUUCCCAGGAGUGGGUUUUUUUGUUUCCCUUCCUUGUCCACAGGCAGCACUGGCAUCACAGUUUUGAUCAAUUCUCAUGUUUUUGCAACCACCCAAUCAUCCUCCAUCUCUCUGUCAUUCAGUAUUAAUUCUCCCUGUUACUGCUUUGUACUGUUAGGAAUGUGAAGUGCAGUCACAUCUAUGUAUACUGCGCUCCCAGGUCUGUUGCCUUACUGUACUAGACCCAGCAUACUGUAGGUUUAGAGUAUGUAUGCUUAGUGUUUUAGAAAUGUUACUGAGCUGUUUUGUGUGUUUAUGAUGUAGUUUGUUAGAAGAGCAGACACUGUGCUGUUAACUGGUCUAUUUAAAAUUGCCUUUUCAUCAACAUGUUUUAGGCCUGUUCAGUGUUUAAGGUGAUAAUCUUUAGUAAAUUAAUUUCUUUAAUUUAUUUUAAUGUAUUUAUAGAGGACUUUGAGUUGUUAAUGCUUGUAUCAAGUUUAAUAUAUUUGGGUUUCUUUUGCUUUUUUGUACUGGAAAUAAAGUUUUGUUUUUUGUUUGUUUUUUUAAAUAAAUUGACUGCUUUAGUUGAUUUUA